GACAUGCCGAGAGGAUUGCAGCACAGCUUUGAAGCUAUAAAUAGGGAUUCUAGUGCAAAUAUUUUAAUGAUCAGUAGUUCAGUUCCCAGAGUGUUCUGCGCAGGUGCUGAUUUGAAGGUUCAGGUGUUAUGCCACCUCCAAGGACGUAGCUUGGAAGUGCUUUUGCUGUAAAUUGGAUUGGUAGGAACGGAAGACAAUGAGUUCAUCUGAGGUUCAGGCUUUCGUGAACUCUUUGCGCUCCACUUUCUCAUACUUGGAGGCGCUUCAUAUCCCUACUAUAGCUGUUAUUGAAGGUGCAGCAUUGGGUGGCGGAUUGGAAAUGGCUCUAUCUUGUGAUCUUCGGAUUUGUGGAGAAGAUGCUGUGUUGGGCUUGCCUGAAACGGGCCUUGCUAUAAUACCUGGGGCAGGUGGGACGCAACGGCUUCCUAGGUUGGUUGGAAGAUCGGUGGCGAAAGAACUUAUAUUUUGUGGUCGGAAAGUUGGUGGCAGAGAUGCAGUUUCAAUGGGCCUUGUCAAUCACUGUGUUCCUGCUGGUGAAGCUCAUUUAAAGGCACUUGAAAUUGCUCGGAAUAUCAAUCAGAAGGUACAAGUCUGUAUGUCUCCAGAAUCUUCUAGAUACAACUGGGGUGCCAUGUGCGAUGCAUGUGAGCCUUACAUCAUACAGUUUUUCCCUUUAGGGUUAUUUGCAGUUAUGUUGAUUCUUAAAAUUUCCUGGCAUCAGCAGUUAUCUUUUACCUGUCAGACUUUGCGAAGUGGCAGUAUACAUUGCAUCCCUUGUAAGACCAAAACUGCUCCCAUGUCAAAGUCAAUAUCAGACAAACCCUGUGUUGGCUUGGUAAGAUGAGAUUGGAUGAGUAUAUCAUGUCUCGAAUAAUGGUAUGGGUUAUAAUGGUCUCAAAAUAAAAAGAUAAAUACUGUAUUUACUGGACCUUUUUGUGAUUUUAUUUGAAUCCCUCACAUAGGAUGGUUUUUUUUGUCUUGUAAGGAGUGUCCUCACAAUGUGCUAUAAUGAUGAUUCACAAGGUUGUUGCAUUCUCUAGUGUGUAUUGAAGUGGUUAUUAUUUAUGUGUAUUUGUGAAGAAGCAUUGAUUGGAAUCUAAGAAGUACGGACAUGGACAUAGAUGCGGACACGGGACAUGACGAUUUCAAAAAAUUGGGGACACGGACACGGCAAUAAAAUAUAUUUUCAUAUAUUUUUAUUUGCCAUCCAGAUUAAUAUUACAUCCACAAACAAUCAAUAUUAACAAAAACUAAUUCUAACUUAUUUAUUUGUUUAUUUAUUUAUUUUUGUAAAAGCACUUUUAAAUUAGCAUUUACAGUUUAUAUCAUUUUUUAGGAUGAUCUAUUAAGUAUUUAAAUCUAAGAAAAAAAUAAUAAAUAUUCAACUUUCAGCAUUUAUCAAAAGCAGUAAAUAAAAUGGGGGAAAAAGACAAUUUGGCAUGUCCCUAAUGUGUCCUCGAAGUGUUCCUUGAAAAUAAAUUAAUUAAAUAAGGGUACACGCCAUGUAGUGUGUCCCAUACGUGUCCGACACGGAUACGACACUUGUUUUGAAGUGUCGGUGCUUCAUAGAUUGGAGUUCUUGUUCGUUCAAGAAGUCUUCCGUGUGAUGCAGGAGUCUUUACUUACCAGAACCAUCCAUUCUGGGAUUAAGAUAUGGAUUCACAACAUAAACCUUAACAAAAGUGCUAGUCAUUUUUUUUAAUGAUAGUUGGAAGUUAGACUUGGACAUCACAUACAUGUGUGGUUAUACUUACGAAAUCAGAUUUUCUUUGUCAAUCUGUGGUCCAUUGCAAAUAUACAAUAGUAGAAUAUGUCAAGUGUAUAUUUUAUAUAUUGUAUUAUACAUGAUAAUCGAAACUUUUUGAUAAAUUCUUCGAGAAUUCUUAGGUGCCUUUUGGCAAUAUUUACAGUUAAUUGUUUUAGUUUAUAGAAAACACUAAACAUGUUUAUGUUUGUUUUGGAUAAAAAUAGAAACAAAAAAUAUAUUUGGUACUCAAGAAUUUUAAAAUUUUGUUUUGAAAACAAGUGAAAGAUGUGUUCGUUGAUGGUUGGAGAUGGUGGCCGAAGGUGGUUGCCGGCCGCGUAAGGUGGUGGCCGAAGGUGGUUGCCACUAGUGGGAGGUGGUUGGCAGUGUGGUGGUCGGAAUGGGUGGGAGAAAGAGGAAGAAAUGGGGGAGAAGAAAAGAAAAGUAAAACUAAACUUUUUCGUAUUUACAAAUUUUUUUACAAUUCUUUGGAAAUGGAAACAAAAACCAAAUGAGUGUCUGUUUACAGUUUUCAAAAUUUUUGUAAAUAUAAACAGAAAAUUGUAAAUAUAGCAUUACCAAAGAGGCCCUUAGUGUUCUACUCAAAAUUAGUAGUCUCUGAGCAAUGGUCAGUUUUGGUUCAGGGCUUAGUCAAGUUUGACUAGGCUUUGUUUGAGGUUUGAGGCUCAAUCACGCUUGAGUGUAAGUUCAAUAGGUUUGACUAGAAAUUUGAUUAUAUGGGUUUCUGCCUCAGCUUUGAUUUAGAAAGAGAGGGAAUCGCCCAAGACAUGAAAGGUUGUGAUGCAGCACCGGUACAGGAGACGGAGAAAAGGAAAAGAACACAAUACCAAUCAAUAUAUCAGUUAAUCAAUAUUCAUGUAAACUCUGCAAAACUCUUACAUAAAAGUCAUAUGUAUAGGUAAAUCAAACUAAUCUUAUGAGGAAACAAAUACAAACUAAGAAAUAAAUCCUAAACUUAAAAAAAAAAAAAAACAACAACAACGCACAAUUAGUACACGUUAAUGUGUGUUUGGGAGGGGAAAGAUUGAGUACACACCUAACCUUUGGCAUAAUGUACAAAGUUUUAACUUCCUAAAUAAAUUAAACUCCUAAAUAAAUAAAAUUCCAAAUCUUCAAUAUUUUCUUAUUCAAUUUGUUUGCUUACCCCAACAGGUGGUUGGUCAAUCAACCUUUAUAUACGCUUAAAAUUUCUUAUUUUCACAAAAUAAACCUACUAUUUUGUGUUGUAUUUAAAAAAAAUACUUUUUAUUUCUUCUAUUGGCCCCUUUCUAGUAAUUUAACAAAUGCAUCCAUCAUAUUCGAGAUUCUGAAUGUAUCCUAUUUCUAUCUAGUCCUGAAAAACUAAUUCAAUAAUUUUCUAAUACAUAUAACACAUCCAAUGCAUAUUGGAUUGUGUCUGACAUGUAUUGGUUUCUGAUACAUAUCCAAUUCAAACAUGGCAUCAGUGGUUCAUAACUCUCAAUCUUUGACUCAGGCAUAGGUUAUUACACCUCACAAGAUCAAUUCAAUCCUCUGAUGAUUAAUAUUAUUCGCGUCACUGUGCGGUGUAUAUAUUAAAAUAAAAGAAGAUUUUUGGCUGUUGUAAAAUCAAGUACUCGCCAAAUUCUCCUUUUUAUGUACUAAUGAUCAACUGUAAGUGGAUUUCAGCUAGUAAUAAUGGAUUUUAACCCCCCCAAAAGAGAAGAUAUGUUAAAUUUACUUCUUGGGGGAAAAAUACUUGUUCUUACAUUUGCAUGCUGCACAUUGAUAAGAACACAUCAUGUUCUUCUCACGGUCCAUUGGCAUUAAGGAUGGCAAAGCGAGCUAUUAAUGAGGGGCUCGAGGUAGAUAUGGCAUCAGCUUUGGCAUUGGAAGAAGAGUGCUACGAACAGCUUUUGAACACAAAAGAUCGCUUAGAAGGCUUGGAAGCAUUUGCUGAGAAGCGAACUCCUAAAUAUACAGGUGAAUGAAAAAGAACAUAACCUAAUAACUUGCUUCUAGUGCUUUUGGUCCCUUGUGCCUAAUAUUAUCUAUUAUCAUUUAUCAUUUGAACUUGAGAGGACCCAAAUGCUGGCAGGCUCUAAUUUAUAAGUUAACGAGUUAACAAUUUUUGUAUCUUUCAAUCAUGUGGUGAGGAUAUUUGGGAUUUUGGGCAUGGACCAUGAUGUAUCAUUUGAGAAAGGCUACUUUAUAUUAGUAAAAGAGCUUCUUUAUAGACCUUUCACAUUAA